AUGGACUGUCCGGGGAAGGAAGGCACCGAGGGAAGGAAGAGGAAUUUGACCCUGCUAAGGAACAAGCUGUACAUGGGGCAGAGGAGGAGGACGGAGCCAGUGGUGGAGAGCACCAACACCGCCGGGGACCACGGCAACUUGAGGAGGAGUCAGUCCGACAGGACAGAGUACAGCCAGAAAUUGCAAGAAAAGAUGGCUCCACAGUUGGUGUCCUUAACCCCUGCCACCCCGCUGCAGGAGGAUGAGGAAGUCAGCAGACGCAUGAUGGCCAAGAGGGUGAAAAUCAUUGCAGAACUGUUGCAGACGGAGAAAGACUAUAUCAGCGACCUAGAUCUCUGCAUCAAGGAAGUGAUUCAGCCCCUGAGAAACAUGCAGAUUGCUCGCUUUGACGUGGAUGGCUUGUUUAGCAACAUUGAAUUGGUCCAUCAACUAUCAGCCAAACUGCUGUCAUUGUUGGAAGAAGCCACAACAGAUGUGGAACCACCCAUGCAAAUAAUCGGGGAAGUGUUCUUGCAGAUUAAAGGCCCACUAGAAGACACAUAUAAAAUCUAUUGCUAUCACCAUGAUGAUGCACACACCAUGCUGGAAUACUAUGAAAAGGAUGAAGAACUGAAGAAGCAUUUAAGAGACUGUGUACAGUCCUUAAAAAAGAUAUAUGAAGAAGAAGGAAAGCCAAAUCUGAUGGAUCUGGGAUCCCUAUUGAUCAAACCAGUGCAACGGCUGAUGAAAUAUCCUUUGUUACUCCAUGAGCUCUUGAAUUCAACUCCUGCUUCUCACCCUGACCACGAGGCACUACAAGAGGCCCUUUUAACUAUGAAAAACAUUAAUGUGAACAUCAAUGAACUUAAAAGGAGGAAAGAUUUAGUGCUGAAGUAUAGGAAGAAUGAUGAUGAUGAAACCCUUAAAGAGAAGUUUUCCCGACUGAAUAUUCACUCCAUCAGCAAGAAAUCCAAGAGGGUCACCAGCCAUCUGAAAAUACUGACGAGGGGAGAACCUCAGGUGAAAGAUGGAACUUUUAAUAAGGAAGAAAAGUUGUUUCAAAGUCUAGAGAAGACUGUGAAAUUGUGUGUGAAGAACAUUUCGCUGUGUUCGCAACAUCUCCAGGAUUCUGUACAUCUGGCUGCCCAGAAUAUAACUGAGCUUCAGGAAAUCCUGCAAGAUAAAGAUGACCAAGUCAAUGACUGUUCAGAAAACCAAACGAACACUGCGAAUUUAUGUGAAGACUUUAUGGCUCAGCUGGACAAGCUUGUCUUGACUCCUCUCUCAGCACUGCAAGCCCUGUUUCCAGGCCCUCAGAAGCUCAUCCAGAAGCGCUAUGACAAGUUGUUGGACUACAACAGCUACCUUCAGAGGUCAGGUGGAGAAGAGCUGGACCUGGCAAAGAAAGACUAUGAGGCUCUAAAUGCACAGCUAGUGGAAGAACUUCAGGUAUUCAACAGAACAGCCAACAAGAUUGUGUUGAACUGUCUACAUUGCUUCAUCACCCUCCUCAGGAAUAUUAUGUUUGCAGCUCUUCAAUCAAACUCUGCUGUCAUGGUGCCUGUUCCGCUGUCCUCCUCAAGCAUCUGUGAAGUGCAGAAUCAAUUGAUAGAGGAGGUUCACAAGCUGAAUUUUGUAAAAGAAAACAGCAGUGCAACCUUUAUUGAGAGAAAAUUGAGCUUGGAAAGAAAGAAACCUGUUCCUUCUCCGCUGGAGUCCCCACGCCAAACAGAGGACCACAGGUCCAAGCUGCUGUCCACAUACGGCACUGAGUUGCUGUACCAGGCUAAGCGCAAGUGCAACGCCGCACAGGAAUUAGAUAUUGACUUGCAUGAAGGAGAGCUGGUGGCUGUUGUUGAGCAAAAAGACCCCUUUGGAAGCACAAGCAGAUGGCUUGUUGACACAGGAAUCCUCACAGGGUACGUGUAUUCCUCCUUCCUGAGGCCUUACAAUCCAGCCAAAGCACAGAAGGAUGUUGCAGAAAAUGGCUUUGGUGAUGAUGAUUUUGAUGACAUCAGCCUCUUUGUCUCUUCACGGCCCCCUACUGACAGCAGCACAAGAAGUCCAGGAUACAAGAAGAGUGACAGCAGCUCACCUUUUUACUUCUGUGAAAAUCCCACAAUUAAUGGCACAGGGACUGGUGCACUUCAGGGUGUGGAUGAUCAGCAUGUCUUCUAUGCUGUUUAUGCAUUUCAAGCUAGAAGUGAUGAAGAACUCAGCCUUCAGGAGUACCAGAGGGUGAGGAUACUUCGCUUUUCCGACCUGAGUGGCAAUAAGGAAUGGUGGCUAGCUGAAGCAAAAGGUCAGAAGGGAUAUGUACCAUCUAAUUAUCUAGGGAAGAUGACAUAUGCUUAGGAGGGGAAGGGCCUGUUGAACCAGACUCUGAAGCAGACAGAAUAAUCAUCUGUUAGGUUUGCUGCAAGCAAAGCGAGCUCACAAGCAAUUGACAGAAGCCACGGUAUCCAACACACAGAUGAUACUGAGAACCUCCAUUCCCCAAAAGCCAUCACCUUGUCAAGACCUGAGGGAGGAAACAUUUAACAGGAAGACUGAUUCCGAUUAACAUGGUGAAGAGCCUGCUUUUCUAUUACCCCAUAAUUUUCUCUUUUGUCAAAGCGUCACACAUCAAGACUCAGCCUACAAGUACAAAUCACAGAUGAAAUUACAUUUUUCUUCCAUGAUAUUUAGCAAAUAAUAUUCAAGAUGAAGGGAAUUAGCCUUGAAAAAGGACAAAUUCAGUCAUCAGGGAUACUGUAGGCUGGGUUGUUCCUGAACUGUUAUCUCAGUGAACACAGACACCUCUUAAAACUUGAGCUUUUUUGAUUGUCUGUUUUUAUCCACAGCCUCUUUUGUGAAGAACCUUUUUUCUCAUUGGAGAUUAUUGGAUUGGGAAAAGAAAAAGGGCUUAAUUUUUAAGGAAACAUUUCAACUUAAAACAUACCACAUGUGGUGGUACCAGUGACUGGUCCCAGAGAAGAAGGUAUGUUUAGAUAAAUAUGGAAAUGCAGGAAGGAAAAGAGGAGACACUAGAAACAGGUACUGUGACAUAAAGAAGUUAUAAUUUUCAAAUGAAUUACACAACUGCUUCAUAUGGUAGAAACAGUUUGUAGCAAUAUGGAAGUGCCCCGGGUUUGAAAUCCACAUAUGUCUCCACACUAACUGCUUUAGUGCAGUGAAAUGAAACCUGUGUUGUUAGCCUUGGGAAAUUUACUGGUUAAAAAAAAAAAAAAAAAA